GCAUUAAAGUGGAAAAUGGUUUAAGAGCAAUCUUAAGUUUAUCUUAUUUUAAAGAGAUUAGAUUAGAUCAGCGAUUAGAGUUAACUAAUUGCUUUCUUGGUCUGUUUAAAAUUAGAUUUCUUUUUAAAAAGCUAAUUAAUUUGCAACACGUUUAAACUUUUUGCUAUUACUAGCUGGCAAUGCACCAAGAUUAGUCAUCUUUGGUCGGAACUCCAUAAAACUCCCUCCAGUCAGUGGGGCGGCAAAUCAACUGAUAAGAAAAUCUGGGUUGGUCCCAUAAAAGCCCCCGCUGAGCCCCAUACGACAUCAGUUGAUCAGUUGUCACCGACAAGUGCCAGCGUUAGCUCUCCAGAUAUUACAAUUUUAAUUAAUAAAUAUACUUAACAGCGUAGAUAAGUGAAUUUCUGAGUGAAUACAAAAAGUACAAAAUGAGCGUUCAACAAUUCGAGCAAGAGGUUCUUCAAGCCCACAAUUCAUAUCGUGCCAAGCAUGGUGUUCCAGCCCUUACUUUGAGCCCAAAACUGAAUCAGUUGGCCACCGAUUGGGCCAAGCAUUUGCUGUCCAUAAAUCGAUUGGAGCAUCGCCAGAACAGCGGAUAUGGAGAGAACCUCUAUAUGGCCUCCGGCGGAAACUUAGAAGGAAAAGAUGCUGUUAGAUCUUGGUACGAGGAGAUCAAACAUUACAAUUGGAAUAAUCCAUCGUUUCAACCGAGCACCGGGCAUUUUACUCAGGUGGUCUGGAAGAGUUCCUCUGAGUUGGGAGUCGGCUUUGCUAGAAGGGAUAAUACCAUCUACGUGGUGUGCAACUAUAAUCCCCCUGGCAACUAUAUAAACCAGUUCAGGGAGAACGUAUUGCCUCCAAGGCAAUAAAUAUGUUUUUUCUUAUAUGCCAAAGACAUUCCAAAGAUAUACAGGACAUCAAUGAAUUCUUAAAGAUUUUAUGAAGAAUGUUUCAGAAACCUCACUUCAUGAAGAUUCCUUAAAAACCGAAAAAGUAUAUAUACGAGUCUGUAAAAUUAGGUCAACAUUCCUUAAUUUGUACUCUAUAAUUAAUAUAAAAACGCAGCCAAAGACACAAAAUAGCUUUUAUGGUAUUUGACAAUCAAUAAAACUUUCCAAAGAACUUCAA